GGCCCCGCCCCCUCCGUGUCUUGACAGCGAACAUAAAAAGACAUGAACACCGUCCGUUAUAACGACACAGCUACUUAGCUAGCUAAUUAGCUCAGAGAUCCUGGACUCCAUUGUCCCCAACAAUCAUUGACAUUCAAUGAUUUAAUUUAUCACCAUCUGCAGCAUAUAUGUAGUGAAACUGUCCUUCCAAUGGCGUUCAAUGGCCACCAACGCGACGACGAUGAUGGAGGUAUCGACGAAGACGAAACGCCCACGAAGCAGCUCCGGUCCGAGAAGGAGCCUCACGAGCCCGGGAAUGAGGCGUCAUCGUCCGGGGGGAGAGCGACCUCCGAGCGGCGGAGCUCCAACGCGACACCGAGGCUUCGCAGGGACUCGGUGAAGAAAACAAGGCCGCCAUUUCCCUGGUUUGGGAUGGACAUUGGAGGCACUCUCGUGAAGCUGGUGUACUUUGAGCCCAAAGACAUCACAGCAGAGGAGGAGCAGGAAGAGGUGGAGAACCUGAAGAGCAUCCGGCGCUACCUGACCUCCAACAUCGCCUAUGGGAAGACGGGGAUCAGAGACGUGCACCUGGAGCUGCCGGACCUGACGCUGUGCGGCAGGACGGGUAACCUGCACUUCAUUCGCUUCCCCACGCAUGACCUGCCGGCCUUCCUGCAGAUGGGCCGCAACAAGCACUUCUCCAGCCUCCACACCACCCUCUGCGCCACGGGAGGGGGGGCGUACAAGUUUGAGUCUGAUUUCCGUACGAUGGCGGACCUGCAGCUCCACAAGCUGGACGAGCUGGACUGUUUGAUUCGGGGCGUGUUGUACAUCGACUCGGUGAUGUCCAGAGGACCUUCAGAGUGCUACUACUUUGAGAAUCCCACUGAUCCGGAUCGCUGCGUUCAGAAGCCCUACACCCUGGAGAACCCUUACCCUCUGCUGCUGGUCAACAUCGGGUCUGGGGUCAGCAUCCUGGCGGUCUACUCUGAGAACAACUACAAACGAGUUACAGGGACCAGUCUCGGUGGUGGGACCUUCCUGGGCCUGUGCUGCCUGCUGACCGGCUGCUCUACUUUCGAGGAAGCUCUAGAAAUGGCUUCUCAGGGGGAGAGCACCCGAGUGGACAAGCUGGUCCGGGACAUCUACGGAGGAGACUAUGAGAGGUUUGGACUGCCGGGCUGGGCUGUAGCCUCAAGUUUCGGCAACAUGAUGUCCAAAGAGAAGAGGGAGUCUGUGUCCAAAGAGGACCUUGCCAGGGCGACGCUGGUCACCAUCACCAACAACAUCGGCUCUAUAACCCGGAUGUGUGCCCUCAAUGAGAACAUCGAGCGGGUCGUGUUUGUGGGGAACUUCCUCCGAGUGAACACCCUCUCCAUGAAGCUCCUGGCCUACGCCAUGGACUACUGGUCUAAAGGACAGCUUAAAGCGCUCUUCCUCCAACACGAGGGCUACUUCGGAGCCGUCGGAGCACUCCUGGAGCUUCUGCAUCCGUCCUAAUCACUCCCAAAGACGUCCUUGUCAAUCUGCUGCAAAGACCAAUCGCACUUUAGACUGUUAGGAUGAAUUCCACAGUGGGAUGUUCGGCCUGGCCGCCAGUCGGUUACUGGUUCAUUUGGGCUGCGGCAGGCGAACAUGUGGAGGUCCUUUUUUAAUCGAGCUGGUUUGUAGAAGAGUGAAAGUAGCUUCCAGAUGUUGAUUCACGUCAGAAGAUUAAAGUCUGACCAAACUUUAACGCAGCUAAGUCUAACACGGUCGUCGUUUGCAGGACUGUGCAGGAGCGAGGUUUGAUCUGAGACAUCUCAAGGAAUUUCACCACGUUUGCCUGAAACACUUUAGGUCAAAGAGUAAUGGACGCUACCGAGUAAUGAGGUCCUGGUCCAAAUAUGUCCUUGUUCUUUUUAUGGUUUGUCUCCAGGUGGAUGGGAGUUUGUUUUAUGAGUACGGUUUUAUAGACUCACAGAUAGUCAGGGGGGAAACUUGGUAAAUUACCAGGUAUGUUGUGGAGGGUGAAUUUUGUCAUUAAAGAAACUGUUACAAUGCACAUUUUUGUUGCCAGAUCCAAAAAGUAAUAAUUUAAAACCCCAAACUGAGGUCAUAAAAGACCAAAGUAUCAAGGAAAUGUUAAAUCUAAAACGCUGGAUCCAACUCUUUCAGCUCCAUUUAUCAGUACUUCUAAAUAAGGCGACCAAGCAAUGCAAAUAUAUAUCCCGGAUUGAACUUUUAAACAUUUUAAGUACCCACAAAUGUAUUAUUUGUGUACUGUAGCUUUAAAUAUGGAAAGUAUUCCCAUCCACCUCGUACUUUAACUUGAACUAAUCAUUUAAAACCACUAAACACUGCUGGUUUAUUGUCUCUGCGCACUUCUUCAUGUCAUAAUUUGGACUAAAAAGCAUGUUUUCCUCACUAAAUGUUAAAUUAAAGUCUCUAAAUGACACCUUGAUGAAUUAAAAUGCACAAAAUAUCACUAUUUUAUAAGAUUAAUCCCUAAAUUGAGGGUUUAGCUUCAUGGACAAUCAGUGUUUGAGUGAUUAAGACCAUACUUUAAAAUAUGAGUGGUACAUUUAAGGUAUUUUACCUCUGCCCUGCUGAAGUCCCCUUUAGCAGCUGCAUCACUUCUCUUGUUGACAUCCGGGCAUUACAUCUUCAAAGUUUCCCCUCGUCCAAAACAAGUUAUCGUCUCUUAUCUUGAAACCAUUUCUGUCUUUCUGAGAUGUUCAGUUUGUGCUUAACGUGAAUGUUUUGAAUCUAAUCUGCAUCCUGGUCAGUCUCACAGAGUUUUUUAUGUUUCAGGAACUUAGCAAAGAAGUGUAAUAGAGUGAUAAUUGUCUCCUUCUCUCAAUCAGUGCUUAUCCAUCCUCUCUUCCUGUAAUCUGUUUGUUCUGUUCCUGGUCCAAAGACGAGUAAGAGGGACCAUAAUGAAUCACAAACUACUGAAUAAGGAGAGUUUAGACUUGUUUUUAGCUGCUGAUACUUAGAGGACAUGUUACUGCUGGUUAAUUAUACAGUGAGUUGAUUUUAAAUUAAGUGCCUGCCAUGUUUGUGUAUCAAAUACAUUAAUGUGUUCAGCAACGUAAAAUACACACUGACUUGUAAUCUAAAGGUUUCCACUCCGUCUGCUUGUACAUCGCAAAGAAAACUCUGUACCCUUUUUGUGAAACAGUGAUGACUCAUUUCUAAUUUCAUUUUCCUUGUUAAAUACAAACUUUUUAUUAUAUUUUGA